CCCCCGCCUGUGCCCUUGCGAUCCUUGCGACGUGCCAGUCUAGUCACUCGCUCGAGAACUGGUGCUAACAAUCCGCCCGGCAGCCUGCGCCCAGUGCCACUGGUUAAGUAUUGUCGAAGCUCGAUCGCAACGCAGAUACCUGUCAUCACAACCGAUCCUGCGGUCCCAGGACAUGUCUUCCACGACAGGACGCAAGUUCACCUAUCAUUCAGCCGCCGCCUUCUCAGGCAAGCACAAGAAGCUCGACCCGGCGACCAACGUCUUCCACUUCAACCCGUACAACCACAUCCAGCCCCAGAAGAAACGGCCCAAGGCUAAGCGCCCCGCCAGCGGCCAGGAUGCCUUCUUCAUCAGUCGACUCGGCGGCUCCAGCAACUCGGUAGCGCUGGGUAUUGCCGACGGGGUUGGCGGAUGGGAGGACAGCGGCGUCGACCCGGCCGACUUCUCGCACAACUUCUGCGACUACAUGGCCUCGGCCGCGUACGAGUACCGCCCGACGGCCGGGACGGCGCCGCUGACGCCAAGAGCCCUCAUGCAGAAGGGCUACGACGAUGUCUGCAACGACAAGAGCAUACCCGCGGGCGGCAGCACGGCGUGUGUGGCCAUCGCGUCCGAGGACGGGCGCAUGGAGGUGGCGAACCUGGGCGACUCUGGGUUCGUGCACCUGCGGCUCAAUGCCGUGCACGAGUACUCUGACCCGCAGACGCACGCCUUCAACACGCCCUACCAGCUCUCCGUGAUCCCGCCCAGUAUGCUGGCCCGCGCGGCGGCCUUCGGGGGCGCCCAGCUCUGCGACUACCCCAAGGACGCCGACGUGACGAGCCACAGCCUCAAGCACGGCGACAUUGUCAUCCUCGCGAGCGACGGCGUCUGGGACAACCUCUUCAACCAGGACAUCCUGCGGAUAGCCAGCCGGCUCAUGACGGGGCUCGGCGCGUGGAAGGCGUCGGCAGGGGGCAUCCGCGUGGCCGACAGCCUGCUGCCCUUCACGACGCCCGACGCUGAGGGCGGGUCCGGCCCGCGGUCCCUGACGCUGCAGAGCGCCCUCGCCCUAGAGAUCCUCGGCGCCGCCAAGUCUGCAAGCACCAACCAGCGGCUUGACGGGCCGUUUGCCAAGGAGGUGCAAAAGUAUUACCCGCACGAGGACUGGCACGGCGGCAAGAUUGACGACAUCUGCAUCAUCGUCAUGGUCGUGUCUGAGGAGGGUGCUGGCGGCAGCGGCGGCGGCAGCUCGUCCGAUAUCAAGGCGAAGUUGUGAUCGGUUCCACGGACGUGGGUGCGACGAAGUGAAAGGGAAAUGACCCUUCCACAGUACGAAUCGAGUAAUGAAAUACAUCGACUGGCAACAGUACUACCGCGCACAUAUCGGGUCAAGCAUGGUUUCCAGGCAGCACCAUAGAAGACCCAGCCGACACGACACCACCAGCCGGGGCCAC